UUUUCAUAAUCUUUAACUCCAUGCCUCUGAACUGACUUUUUGGGUGACAUCAACAAUCCCUUUAAUAUUUCAACCUUUCUAAAACAAUCAUUUUGCAAAGGUUAAAUAAGUCCCACCCUACAUGUUUUCUCACUGACUGAAUAUCCAGUUUUCCUCAGUAGUGCAUCGCAUGACAUUUCAGUUUGUACAGAGCAGUUAGAGAUUUGUUGAGUUCUCAGUGUGGGAAUCUGUUUAUUCUCACGCUCUGUCCAGGACACACACAGUUAUGAUCACAUAUUUAACACGCAUACAGAAUGACCACUUGUCUCCCCACUGGACUCAAUUUAAUCAUAACGGACUAGACUCCAAUCUGUAGUAUAUCCUUUGGCAGACUCUCUCACUCUCUGUCUUACUCAUUCUCUCAACACACACACACAGAGAGUGUUUAAUUUAAAUUGACUCCAGCAAUUUAAUUAAAAACCUUCAGGCCUACUUUGAUGCAAGAUUACCACUGAUUACAAAUCAAAACAGAUUAAUCUUUGAUUACAGGCUAUAUAAAUUGCUUGGCACUUCUUUUUGAUGUGGAAAGGCUCACAGUUAAUUACUCAAUGACAGCUUUCUUUAAAUCCUGUUUUUUUUAGGACCAGAGCACAUCGCAAUCUGUUGACUGUGCUCUAUGAGUCAGAGAGGAGCGGAGCAUCAUGUCAGAGCCGUUUGACUGUGACAGCUGUAAGGAGUCUCUGUACGGCAGGAAAUACAUCCAGGUGGACGACGUUCCCCGCUGCGUCCCCUGUUACGACCGUCUGUAUGCAAACACCUGCCAGGAGUGCAAAGAGCUCAUCGAGCACAACACACGGGAGCUGUAUUAUGAGGACAGGCAUUAUCACGAACACUGUUUCCGCUGCUCACACUGCAACCGUUCGCUGGCCGACCAGCCGUUCACCUGUCAGGAAGACGCCCUGGUGUGUAAUGACUGUUACUGCAAUGAGUUUUCAUCUAAAUGUGUGGCCUGUGGGAAGACUGUGAUGCCAGGCUCCAAGCAGCUGGAGUAUGGAGGCUGCGCGUGGCACGAGGAAUGCUUUGUUUGUUGUGGUUGUGAGCAGCCCAUCGGCGCCCAGUCGUUCAUUCCAGAUAAGGGCGAGUACUUCUGCGUGCCCUGUUACAAGGGACGAUUCGCCCCACACUGUGCCCGCUGCAAAGAGAUCUUGGUUCAAGGUGGUGUAACAUAUAGAGACGAGCCCUGGCAUAAAGAAUGUUUCCUUUGUACUGGAUGUAAAGUCCAGCUUGCGGGACAGCCUUUCACAACACAGGGUGAAGAUCCAUACUGCGUUAAGUGCUUCAGCAACCUGUACGCCCAGAAAUGCUCUGCAUGCGACAAACCCAUCACAGGUUUUGGAGAAGGGAAGUACAUCUCGUUUGAGGAGCGUCAGUGGCAUCAGCCGUGUUUUAAGUGCUCCGACUGUUCGGUGUCUCUGGUCGGGGCAGGAUUCUUCCCUGACGGAACAAAGAUUCUCUGCAAAAGCUGCAAUGCCAAAUAACCCACAACAGCUUCUGUUAAAUGUGCUAAAAAAAAGUUCGUGAACAGACCUUUGAGUAAUAUGAACACAUUUAUGAAACAUUUGACAUAAUUUAAACAUGAAAUGUAUGAUGUACAUUAAAGUUUUAGUGUUGCAUUUUUCCAAAUCAGAAUGUUAAAAAUCUUUAAACUAGACGGACUUGUUUGAUCAGGCUUUUUAUCAAGCAUUUUAUGGUUUAAAUUAGAAAUUCUAAUCAUUUGAACCAAGCAUGCAUACAUGCAAAGGCUCAGUUACCUGAGAUGUUGUUGUUGUUUUCGUCAUUAGUCUUUAGAAUUAAAAUUUGUAGUUAUUUUCCAUGUGUUUGCAUAAACAUCAGGCCUUUAAAUUCCCUCCAACAGCAACAUUCUUUAAAAAAAAUACAUUUGAACAAAACACACACUGACCCAAAUGAUUGUUAAUGUACGAUGCUUAUGGGUUAAAGAUGUUUGUUAAACACAGUGAAUUGUAGAGGACUAUUUUAACGCACAAAUGCAUGCUUUUAAUAAUUCUCACAUAAAAUUUUCACAUAUUAAUUCAUAUUUAUGUUGUUUUCAAAAUAAUAUUUUUGAUGAUUUUUACAGAUAUUUGAUGUAUUUUUGCACAUGAAUGCCUUCUGUAAAACUGCUCCUGCUGUUAUAUUU